GCCGUGGCUGCACAGCGGCGCCAUUGGCGGAGCGUCUGUGCGGGCCUGUGAGCGGCGGCAGCAGCGGCCGGAGCCCGGGGAGGCGGCGGCGGAGCUCGGAGGCGGCCGGAGCGCAGGGAGUGGCCUGAUGGAGGAGGAGGAAAAGCUCCAAAGAUCACUCAUGAGGAGAGGCUGCAAACCGUGCCCAGGGAGCUCUGGGGAGGAAAGAGCCCCUCUGAGUCUGGAAUGCAUCCCACGAUCCAGCCAGAGCUCAGAGCUGGUGGAGAAGCCUCAUGACAGGGAGAAGCCACACAAGUGCUUGGAAUGUGGGAAGCAUUUCAGGUGGAGCUCCACUCUGAGGCAGCACCAGGUGAUCCACACUGGGGAGAGACCCUUUGAGUGUGAGGAGUGUGGGAAGAGUUUCAGCCAGAACUCCAUCCUGAUCCAACACCAGAGGAUCCACACUGGGGAAAAGCCCUUUGAGUGUGGGGAAUGUGGGAAAAGCUUCAGCCAGAGGGACCUGAUACGACACCAGGUGAUCCACACUGGGGAAAAGCCCUAUGAGUGUGGGCAAUGUGGGAUGAGCUUCAGCCAGAAGGGCUACCUGAUGCAACACCAGAGGAUCCACACUGGGGAAAAGCCCUACAAGUGUGGGGAAUGUGGGAAGAGCUUCAGAGGAAGCUCAGCCCUGAUUCGGCACCAGGUGAUCCACACAGGGGAACGGCCCUACACCUGCUUGGAAUGUGGGAAGAGCUACGGGUGGCACUCUGACCUGAGAAAACACCAGCGUAUUCACACUGGGGAGAGGCCCUACGAGUGUCCUGAGUGUGGGAAGAGGUUUCCAAGGAGCUCCGAUCUCCUCAAACAUGAGCGGAUUCACACCGAGGAGAGGCCCUUCCGCUGCCCCGACUGUGGGAAGGGCUUCAAGCAAAACUCCAAAGUCACCAUCCACCGGCGCAUCCACACUGGGGAGAGGCCCUACGAGUGUGGGGAGUGUGGGAAGAGCUUCUCACAGAGCUCUCACUUGACCCAGCACCAACGGAGGCGCCACUAAGGGAAGCCCUGUGAGUGCCCCGAGUGCGGGAAGAGCUUUGUGUGCUGCUCCAGCUCCAUCUCCCAUGGGAGGAUCCACAUUGGAUGAUCCCCAGUGACCCCCGUUGGGCAGAGACCUGGUGAUCUUUGGUCCUGGUGAUCUGUGUUGGGAAGACACCUGUCUUGGAGGCUCCACGUCUUCUUGGCUCCCUCUGGGCAUCUAGAUAAACCCAGCGGCAGGAGCAUCCAUCGGGACGCAGGCCAACAAUGGGAUUUCCUUGGGGAGAACAGAUUUUUCGACUUUCAACCCCAUAAAAUCUUUUGCAUUCAAUCCUAUCUUCUGGUGACAUCAGGGAGUACUGAAUGGUCUUGGAGGUUUAUGCUGGGUUGACUGUUUGAUGGUUGAACCCCAGUCUGUUCUGUUUAAGCUGAAUAACUAGUUUUGCCUUUAAGACUUGUCCUGAGAGUGAAGGGGGAGAGAAGCAGUGCACAGUUUGUUUUUAGACACUGCACUCACUCCUCCACAUUCCUGCUCCUGCACUGUGUUGCCUGUGGAUGGACAGACACCGGGACAGAGCUCUCUUUUCUUUUAGUUAGUUUUAGCUAGCUGAGGCAAAGAAGUUUCCUGAACUGUGGGUUUUUUCCCUUUUCUUUGGACCUGUUUGAACCUGCUCUGGCCUGAACACCUGCAGAGCACCGGCAGCUCUCACCUGUGACCCACCGGGCCGGGCCUGGGCCGCGGCAUUUCCAGCACCGGAGGGACUGAUAAGAGACUGAGUGAGCUGAGCUACAGCCCAUGGAGGGACUUAGUGAGUUUGUCUCUCUUUAGAGUGGCAAGAGGCUUUAUUGUUUAGGAUUGUUUAGGUUUUAUUGCUUAAUAAACAGUUUUCUCCACUUUUC